AUUUGAUUAAUCAAAGGCAUCCUUGCUGAAUAAAUAAUUUAUUUCAAACUUUUGAUCAGUAGUGUAUGUGCAUAUAUAGAAGAAGAUUUUCAAAAAAUAACAUAACCUUUAGAAAUAUUCUCUAGAGUAAAAAAAAUGACAACUAGCCUCCGUCUCCCCUUUCUCUUUGUCACUCUCUCGUUCAUUCUAUAAUUUCUGUCACAUCCAGUUUUUACUGUUCUUGUUGUAGUGUAUACUAGUAUAUGAUUUAUCUCAUCUGAAACCCGGCAUUUUCCAAAGUCAAUGUUUUUAAGUGCUUACCGCAAACCCAGUGAACAACUGACUCAUUGUUUUAUGACAAUCUUGUGUUGCCACCUGUUACUAAUUCCCGGUGUAACUCUCAGUUAGUGACUGCAAGGUUUCUAAAGCAGCCUGCCUUUAUUUAGGAUCAUAUCAGAGAUACAUCCAGGGUUGAGUUUGUUUGAAAAAAGGGAUGUGUUUCGGAAAUGCUGAUAGUACUGCCAAAUGACUUGACUUCCACGUAAGCAACAUGUGCCAGCCUGAGUAUUCAAGCUCAAAAUCAAACAAACAUACCUUCCCAAUAAAGCAAACACACGUCCUUUUGAUAGAGCACAAUUCAAUCCUGUGAAAUUUUGAAUGUGUUUUUAGGCCUGUGCUGAAAUCCGCCACCUCCAGUUCCCAUGGAGCAUUUGCAUACGAUAUCAAACAGGAGCAAAGUUCAAAGCUCAUGACAUUUUAUUUCCUUGUGACUCUCCAAAAGUUCUGUCUGCUUCAUCAGCAGUUCAGGGGGCACAAGGUUAACCAAUUUCACCCAGGAUGUCCGUGAUGGAAAGUCCUGUGAAAUUAGUUGGAACGAUUGGCUCCUUAUUGCAAACAAACUCUUUUUUUUUCAACAAGAACAACAGAAAUAAAUUACUUUCAGCAAAAUGUAUUUGCUCUCAUUCAAUCCUCACACAUACCAACCCUGUUUCAGCUCAGAUUAAUGUGAUUUGUAAUGACAGGUGCAGUUUGCUCUGAAGAUAUAAUGCAGCAGUGAUGUUUCUGUAAAGUAAGGCUGCUUUUACCAUACUGAGGUCAGAUCUGUGCUAACCAGUAAGUCUUACAUAACAGGCCAUAAAAGUGAUUGUCAAGCCAUAGAGAAAUGAUAAGAUAGCGCCAUACAGCCGGUUAAUAGCAUCUGGAGAGGCAGUGGUGUGUGUCAUCUCAGUGAAAGAUGGAACAAAGCGGAACCGACUGGCCAAGGAAGAGUGUCAGGAGUGUCGCUCCACCUUCCAUCAGCAUUGGCACCGAGGUCAUAUCAGAAGACUGAUGCAUAUGCAAAGAGAUACACAUGUGGAACAACACAGGAAGGUAGAGAAGAAAAAGAAGAGCAAGUUAGAAUUUUUAAAGGACUUUUGAGAUGAAUUUGAGUACAGUCAUCAUCCACGAUGUUUCUUUUUUUAUCCAUGACUCAAAACUACAGAACAUUUGAAGAGGACUAAAUCAUUCACAAGUAUCUUUUAUACCAGAUCUACUGGAACUACUCCAUCCAGACCUUUACAUCUUACAUCUUUUUGCAUGGUAGAGGAACCCGUGCCAGCGUGGAAAUGCUGAAUUUUCGUCAGAGGACAUGGAAUGUACCCAGCAUGUCAACUUUACCAGAGGUUCCAGGUGGAAUGCUGAUCCACUACAGUCCUCUGAAUGAGCUUCCCCGGAUUCAUGCCCACAGGCCUCGUACUACGGGGCUGGUGGCUGCCCGUGUACAGCGCUUCGAAGCUGGUGACGUGCCACCUCUGCACCCAAUGCCUGUGACUAUGCCAACUUCUCCUAACAGUCCCACGUAUCCCCCGGGAGAUACUAAACAAGGGAUCAAGGGUCAAGCGCGUCGGCGAAAGAACAUGCCGGAGUUUCUGGGUGAUGCCAGUGUCCCCAAUCAAGACUCCAUAUCCCAGUUGAGCAGUUCUCUUCCAGGAUCUGUAACGGGUACAGACCGCUGGAGGAACCGUGCCGCCAGCCGCUUCAGCGGCCUCUUCAGUUCCAACUCAGGAAAUGGCUCUCUUGGGAAGGAGUGUGAUCGCGUGGAACAGCUGCAGAGUAAACUAUACUCAUACACUAUGUUCGGUUUACCCAAGAUGCCUCCUCAGCUCUCGUUCCACAGAGACUCAUGGGAAGAGGAGCCCAACCUGGAGCUAGAAGAGAGCUGGAAGCAGCUUUUGGACAAUCCUGAGAUUUUAACCAGACGUCAGUGCCAUCAACAAGAGGCCAUAUGGGAACUGCUUCAGACAGAGUCAGACUACAUCAAGAAAUUGCAUGUCAUUACUGAUCUGUUUCUAUGUGGCCUGCUAAACCUGCAGGAGAGUGGUUUAUUAAGUGAAGUCGAACCUGUGCGCCUCUUCAGUAACAUUCAGGAUAUUGUGCAACUGCAUACAUCCCUGUGGGCUGAGGUCAUGCUGCCGGCACUCGAGAAAGCCAGACAAAAAAGAUCAGUGAUCAACCCCACUGAGCUACACGAGGGCUUCAGCACUUUUGGUUUCCGAUUCAAGCCCUACAUCCAUUACUGCAUGGAAGAAGAGGCCUGUAUGGAGUACAUGCGCACUUUACUAAAAGACAAUGAGCUCUUCAGAAUAUAUGUAACUUGGGCAGAAACUCAUAAACAGUGCAACCGUCUGAAGCUGACAGACAUGUUGGUAAAGCCUCAUCAAAGACUCACUAAAUACCCACUGCUCCUCAAAAGUGUGUUGAAAAAGACAGAUGACCUGGCAACUCGUGAGGCCCUUAACAAAAUGGUGGCUGCUGUUGAAUGCUUCAUUAACAGUGUGGACUCACAAAUGAGACAAAGGGAGGAAAAACAGAAGCUAGCUGCCAUCGCUGGACGUAUAGAGGCGUAUGAGGCUGUGGAGGGGGCCAGCGAGGAGGUGGAGAGGAUCCUCAGGGAAUAUAAUAAUUUUGACCUGACCGCUCCAGUCAUGGGCGCCCCACCUGAAGAGACUCGUCAGCUGCUCCUAGAGGGAGCUCUCAAGAUGAAGGAGGGUAAAGAGAGCAGGAUGGAUGUAUACUGUUUCCUGUUCACUGAUGUUCUGUUGAUUACUAAGUCUGUGAAGCGUGUGGAGAAAGUGAAGGUGAUCCGGCAGCCUCUUGUCAUCCAUAACAUGGUGUGCCGAGAGCUGAAAGACCCAGGAAGCUUCCUCCUUAUCUACCUCAACGAGUUUCGCUGUGCCGUUGCCUCCUACUGCUUUCAGGCCAACAGUGGCACUCAGGGCCGCAGCUGGAUUGAGGCCAUUUACAAUGCACAGAACCAGCUCCAGAGACUUCACUCUGAGAACCAGAGAGAUGACACAGAUGACAGAGAUGAGGAUGAGACAGAAAGUAGCAUGUCCACCUCUAGCUCUCCUUCAAUACAGCACAGAGAGCCCUUAGGCAAGAGCCUCUCUCUUUCACCAAGUCACUCUGAUGGCUCCACAGAAACCCUUUCUGUGGCAGCUAUGGAAGAAACGGAUGAGGUUGGGUCCUUGUCGACUGUUCAGACUGCAUCGCUGAGAAAUUCCCUGCUGUCUUCAUCAAGCCUGCGGGAUUCCGUCUCUACUAGUAACAGCAAAACUCUGGAAGGUCUGAGUGAUUUGGUCGCCACAGACCUGGAUCCAGAAAGUCGCUCUCUUUCUAUAGACAGUGCAUAUGGAACACUCUCACCUCAGUCCCUGAUCACAGAGCUGGACUUAAAGGGGACGGUUUGCCAGAGCGAGGGAGAAGAGACCGAUGCUGGGGAGGAAGAAGAGGCAUUUGAGGAUGAUGAAGAUGGUGAUGAGGAGGAUUCAUUAACCUGGAACGGCUCUCAGAUUACUGUAAAUGAGUCCUACGUUUUAGAUGGCCGUGCAAACAAAGAGGAGCUUGGCCAGAAGAAUGAUUUUUCUGUGAUGUCUCAGGUUACGGGUUGUCGCUCACAUACACUGCGGCGCCGUUCGCCCGUCCAGCCACGUCCAGACUACCUGCAGCACUUUGCCCUUAGGUCACGCUCCGAAGAUGACCUCCUUCAAUGCCUCACAGGUCCUCUCCGUUUCUCUGGCAGGAACAACAUCAGCAAGAGCUUGACACACCUCGCCAAACAGACGUCUCACAGCACAGAGCUAUUCCAGACAGACGAGGAAGACUUCCGUGAAGACCCCAAAACACUGUCGAACAAACUGACGAACACUCUUAGGAGAGCAGAGUCCAGACAUGUGCAGAGGACCCUCAGCUGCCCCAAUGGCCAGGCAGACUGUGAGAUUAAAGAGAGUGAGACACCACCCUCUGGUGGUCUGGAGGAAAAAACGGACUUGGUGCUAUCCCAGCAUCCACUUCAGCAGCAUAAGAAACUGACAGUGGCUCAGUUGCACAGGAUACAUGCUACCAUGGUGCUCAAUUCAACACUGACAGCAUCGGAAGUUUAGUGUUUGUGUAAAUGAAGCUGAUGCCAUUAGCUGGUCUAUUGGUGGGACUUAAACCAAGUCUUUGGUCCAAGACUACAUCUGCAAAGAUCUGUACCCAAGAGGAAGUACAACUCAGUGACUCGAAUAUAAACAGACAGAAACAGGGAGAACGCUGUGGAACUCAGUUAAAAGCCAUGACCAUAAUUCAAUCAUUUCAUGUUGAAUAUAAAGGUAGAGGGUUAUAUAUACAAAGACGUUUUGUAUAAUAACUGUCUGACAAAAAGAGACUUGAGUUAAUCAGUUUUCAUUCAGCGAUGCACCAGUCAGGGCUUUUGCAGAGUAAAAGGGACAGAAAAGAAUAUCAUUGUUUCUAACUUCUAACUCUAUUCCGUGCAUGCCCUGUGAUCUAUUUUCACAAAAAUAUGACUGUAAACUCAGAAGCACUCUUAAUCCCAGAAUUGACCUGAAUUGUCAUUUUGCUUGAAGUGUCAAUUCGUUUGACAUCCUUGAGUCCUAAGGGCUUUUUUCAAUUCUAGAUAAUGUAGCUCCUGGAACACCUAAAAUAAAAAUGUACUCUUUUAGGUUGUAAGAAUUUACUGAAUCUCACUUGUGAUACGAAAAAAAAAAAAAAUCCUCUGUGGACUAUUUUUGCUUCAAACGCCACAAUAAUCAACUUGCAUGCAUUUGUUUUUUCAGUGUUCUGUAAAUAUGGUAUUUAUUGAACCUGCUUUGUUUUGUAGAAUUUUUUUUAUUGUUGAUGCCUUUUGAUUAUGUUUCUUUUUGCUAUUUGAAUGGUUAGCACUGUCUCUGAUUUGUCUGUUGACAUCAAAAUAAGGGCUGAAUCCAUGUCUUAUCCCUGGAUUUGAUCGGUUUACAUAUGUAGCUUCAAUAUUUACAGGUUACAAAUUUGCACAGUGCUUCUUAAGAAAGAAAAAAAAGAAGAGAAAACAAAACCUGCAAACUACCCAUUAAAAUGCUUCAGAUGCCAAAUCCA